AUGAGUGAAACUGCCAUGGAGCCCUCAACAAAGCAUUCCAAAAAUCCGCCAGAAAACCGCGAUGUUGCUUCUCAAACGUACCUUUCCCUUCCUCAGAGCAACAGUGACCCUGCAAAGAUUAAGGCGCCUCUGAUCCAAUCAAUGCGAUACUCCCCAUAUCCAAGGCCGACAUUCAUAGCUGCUGUCAGACAGAAAACCUCUAGCGCUUUGAAGCAGGCUCUGCAAUGGCACCAGAUCCGGAUCCAGAACUGGUUAGCACCCAAACAGUCGACACAGAAGAUCAUGGAUGUCGAUUCCGAAAUCAUGACUGUUGAGGUUGACUCAUUGUCCUCGAUGCUCGGCUCUGAUGUGAAGCUCACAACUCCCGAGAUAGAUCGGCAGACGCAGGUCUCCGAAGAGAGUGAAUAUGAAGAUCGACUAUUCAGUCAGCAGGCCGACUUCAUCCGACUAAGAGAUGCAAAGUUGUUGAUGAUCACAGCCCCUUCACCACAAGCAAGAGGCAACGGCAAGCAUGCGGAUCUUGGAUCGUCCACGGUUUCCAUACCGGCAGCGUUGUCCACUUCUCUGAUCCCUGAUGGAUCACGCGAAGACAACAAGCUCUUCCACCACUACAUCUCCAAUGUGUCCGUGAUGAUGACGCCCUUCAACGACGACUAUAACCCCUGGAAGUCAACAUACCCGUGCCUCGCAGUGCACGACGUGACUUCGAACAGCACCGGAUCCCUCUUCCACGGGAUCCUCGCACAGUCGGCAUUUCACCUGUCCAACCUCAAUGGGCCCAACCCUGCCAGCUAUCGCAGGUUGGCGACGCAGCACUUUGGCAUUGCGUUGCGCCACCUUCGCUGCAGCCUCGGUCGUCCGACAGAGGACAUUAGCAGUACGCUGGCGGCAAUUCUGACCGUUCAAUUCGAUACGUCGCGCAGUUUUUUGAGGCAAAAGCCAUGGGUUACUUCGGACGAGGCGUGGGUGAUCACACAGAGCUUUGUUCUGCACACGCUCAUGUCUCAAAUCGUCGGUGGCGACACUCCCAGUACGGAUAGAACGCUUCAUGAGGUCCUGGAAGACGUCACGGCCGACCCUCGAUUCGCAUAUACGCUCGGCAGUACGCCGCGGCUGAUGAACGCGUUGUAUGAAGCCCGUCUCCUCGAGGGACAGCUGGCGGUGAGAGGCGCCUCCAGGAGCGGCCGACAGCCAGAUCUGUCCGAGGAUGAACUGGCCCAGGCGAGUAGUAUCCUCGUCGCGCUCGACGCAGAGGUCGAGCUCUACAUGAGCAGACAGCGGGCGGUGCAGGACCGCGCAGAACAGCGCAAGUUCAUCGUGUCGAACCUUUACCUGUUCAAUUCAGCCGUGACCAUCUACCUGCUCUGCGUGGUCCUGCACCAUCCUCCCUCGGCGGUCACGGACCAGGUGUCCCAGACCCUGUCUGCAGCGGCAUCGCUGCUCGAAAUGAACCGCGCUGCCGUCUCCAUCUGGUCCAUCUUCGUCGCCGCCGCCGAAGCCUACACGACGGAGGCGCAGACACUGGCCGACGGCGUCCUGAGCCUCUCGACGGGCUUCGGGGUCGCCAACCGUGCGUUGAUCCACCAGGUCGUGAAGCGAAUCUGGAGUGAACGCGAAGAAGUCGCGGCACGACGAGGAUGCGAUGCUGGCAUCGUCUUCGUGAAUUGGCGCGAGGUGUUGAGGAACUUGGACGUGGAGAUUCUGCUGCUUUGA